AUGUCCAACGAACCAUCCAAGACUAACGGUCAAAUCAACUCCCUCGUCGGAUCCGCCAAGGUCCUCGUAGGCAACACCAUCGAGACAGCCUACCAAGCUGUGGGAGGAUCUUCGGAACCUUCCUCAUGGACUACAGCAGGUCAAAAACAACAUGAUCAAGGUGAAGCUGAGAUCACCGCUGCCAAAGCUCAAGGAUACGUUGAGGGUGUCGGAGACAGACUCGAAGGUAAAAAAGAUUCCAUAGUCGGUGCCAUCACUGGAGACAAAUCCCAGCAGACCUCUGGUAAUCUCCAACAUGAUAAAGGUGAAGCUCAAAUGGAGAUCAACAAGCGUGAGUACACCGUCUAA